UUGUGUAACCUUUUGGGUAUCUAAUAAAUAAUGGCGAGGCUCUGAACCCAGUGGCUCUUGCUCCGCUGUACAUUUGUGUCGUCCCCUCUAGCGCUGCGGGUGAAAGAUCCUUGCAGCCCGGCUGUGUGAGAUGGACCGUGGAGAGGAGUUGCGAGUGGAAGCUGCCCCGUACUGCUGCUCCAGCUGUGACGGAGGGGAGGUGAAUGCACGCAGCAUGGCGAGGCGCAGCCAAAAGAGGAAGACCCGCAGCCUGAGCACAUCCUCCGCCCGCAGCCUGAGCACAUCCUCCGCCGGCAGCUCCACUGAACACAGCAGGAGGAAUCAGUCCCUUCAUGGACCCAGCCCUGUGACCACAUUCGGCCCCAAGGCAUGCAUGCUCCAGAAUCCUCACACAGUAAUACUUCCUUAAAGAGCCCCUCCUCCAACACACACGAACGC